GUUCCCAUAACCCAAUCAGUUCACUCCAGCAAUUUGUCCCUACACGGAAUAUUUAGCCAGUGGAGGUCCAGCGUGAAGCCAUCAAACCAAAUCUGUACUUCUUGAAUGUUCGCUAGACAAUCUGUAGCGACCCAAAGACGCCGGAAGGGGUUUACUAAAUCCGCAGAAAGUAUCGUUAAACAAAAUAUUUAGGAUAUUUUCUUAUUGAACUAUCGCCAUUCUACCAUGGUGUUGAAAAGUGAACUAGAACAUUUCUGUUAGAACAUUUGUAGCAGUAAGAACAUUUUGUGAAGCUGGUGAGCAUGGAACAAGAAGCGCUAAUGAAAGGUCAAGGCCGAGUCAACCAAUUGGGCGGCGUGUUUAUCAAUGGACGGCCCCUGCCCAAUCACAUUCGUCUCAAGAUUGUCGAGCUCGCCUCACAGGGUGUUAGGCCGUGUGUCAUUAGUAGACAGCUUCGUGUGUCUCAUGGGUGCGUGUCCAAGAUCCUACAGAGGUACCAGGAAACCGGAAGUAUCCGGCCAGGUGUGAUAGGCGGAAGUAAGCCACGAGUCGCCACGCCAGAGGUCGAAGGUCGAAUAGAGGACUACAAGAGGGACAACCCCGGGGUCUUCAGCUGGGAGAUCCGGGACAAGCUGCUCAAGGUGGGGGAAAACCACGACGGCGUGUGUGACCGGACCAGCGUGCCUACCGUGAGCUCCAUAUCACGUGUCCUGAGAUCUCGCUGCCCACGAGACGAGACGGGAAUCGACGUGAGCAGCCAAGAUGAUGACGUCAGAGGCGAGCACCUCGUUGACCCUGACAAAGAAGAUCUCUCUGAAUGUGACUCCGAGCCUGGCCUGGAGCUGAAAAGAAAACAAAGACGGAGCCGGACGUCAUUCACUAGCGAGCAGCUGGAGGAGCUGGAGCGGGCAUUUGAACGGACACACUACCCGGACAUCUACACGAGGGAGGAGCUGGCACAGCGGACAAAGUUGACAGAGGCCCGCGUACAGGUCUGGUUCAGCAACAGACGGGCCAGAUGGCGUAAACAGGUGGGCAGCAACCAGCUGUCUGCCAUCAACUCCUUCCUUCAGCUGCCACAGAUGCCCCACCAGUCCGCCCCCUCCCACAACCUUCACCCCUCCAGCCAGUCCGUCCCCACCCCACACCACCAGGACCAGCUUCAGAUGCCAGCCGUGCAGUCACAGGCGCAGCUCCAGCCACCGGCUCCAACUCCAGCUUUCAUGUUCAAUGACUCCAGUUACAACUUGUCGAACCCUUCAGAUACCUUCUGGCAGCAUCGCUCCCAACUGACGUCACUUCACCAAGCUUUUACCCCCACCUUCAAACCGGAAGUGGCGUAUAACGGUUUUAUGGAUUCCUACCUGACCCACGCCGCCCAG